AUGGUCUCUCCCGCCCCCUCUUCGUCGCCGCUUUCAGACGGCCACAUCAAUGGCAACAACACCCUUCCCAUGCGGACAGGCCCUAAGCUCUAUGGUAGCAAUGAUGGUUCCCAGUCAGGAGCUGGCACUCCCAUUGGCUUCCAAAGACACCCACACAACAAGUUCUUUGACAAUGUAGCGGGAUCCAGUGUGCGUCAACCUUCGCCGCAGCCCACUCAUCUGGGGAUCCCCGGAGGUGGUCAGCAUCGCAUUUUGUCAGAAGAAGACCCUGGCUACGUGGCAGCAAAGUUUGAAGGGAAGGAAAAACAAAUGGAGCAAGUCAUGGAUCAGCUGGAGAAGAAAGGCUUCAUCCCCGUUGAGUUUGUCAUUGGAGAAACGGAGUGGUUCUACAACCAGCUCGGAAUUGACGACACAUACUUCCAGACGGAGUCCGUCGACGCCAUCGUCACCCAGAUUCUCUCCCUAUAUGCUGCCAAGGUCGCAGCGUAUGCUCGUGAUGACAAGAAGCUUGAGAUCCGGCUGGACAAGGAAGCAGAAGAUCAUGCUGUCUACAUCGAUACCAGCAAGCCCGGCGUGUCGACAGUCGAAGGUCCUGGGUACGAGCAACGGAUUGAUAAGAAAUAUAUCAACAGCUCCACCCACGAUAACAGCUACCGCGUCGAGACCUUCCGUUCGCCAACACCAAUCCCCGGCGAUGAUGGGCAACAGCUCCGCUGUUAUUUCGUGUACAAAUGCCAGUUUGCCAACCCUAACCCGGACCCGAACGAGACCAACAUCGAUAUCAUCGGCGAAAAAAGAUUCCUGCAGAAAGCCACGGCUAACACGAAAGCCAUCUACCAAGAAAUCAUCAGCAAUGCGGUCAGCCGAUCCGGCCCGGUCAUCGAGAUGUUUGAGAUUGAGAAGAGCCGCGAAAAGAGACUAGUCAUCGCCUAUCGUCAAGGCUCUGCAAUGGGACUGUUCAGCGCGCUUUCUGAUCUCUACCACUACUACCGUCUGACUAGCUCGCGAAAGUACCUGGAGAACUUCUCCAACGGUAUCUCGGUGAUUUCGCUUUAUCUGCGUCCGCUGCCAAAUAAGGAGAUUGUCCAAAAAUAUCCCCCGAUCGAGGCCGCCAUUCACCAGAUCAUCAAGGAAGUCUCCCUUUUGUACUGCAUUCCUCAGAACAGAUUCCAGCACCAUUUCGCCAGCGGGCGCCUCAGCUUGCAGGAGACGAUCUAUGCCCAUUGCGCCUGGGUGUUUGUUCAGCAGUUUCUGAACAGAUUGGGCUCCGAAUAUACCUCCCUGACUGAUCUUUUGGACUCGAACAACAGCGUUCACGCGGAACUGUUGGCGAAGAUCAAGAAGAGAUUGCGUACCGAGACGUUCACAUCUGACUACAUCUCAGAGAUUGUCAACAAGUACCCAGAGCUCAUCCACAAGCUCUACCUGGACUUUGCCAACACGCAUUACGUGCAGACGCGUGGCCCUGCUGAGGAUGACUUUCUUCCAACGCUGAGUUACUUGCGCCUGCAGGUCGACGAGGUCUUGGACGGCCCCAAGUUGAAACAGCUCAUCUCGAGUAGCGCGGCCAAUGAGCAUGACGAGAUGGUCAUGAGCGCCUUCCGUGUGUUCAAUGCCUCGAUCCUCAAGACCAACUUCUUCACGCCGACCAAGGUUGCACUUAGUUUCCGGCUCAAUCCCGACUUCCUUCCGGAGCACGAAUAUCCCCAGCGCCUCUAUGGCAUGUUCUUGGUGAUCAGCUCCGAGUUCCGUGGAUUCCAUCUGCGAUUCCGGGAUAUUGCUCGCGGAGGCAUUCGCAUUGUCAAGAGCCGAAACAAGGAGGCCUAUAGUAUCAACGCGCGCUCACUGUUCGAUGAGAAUUACAAUCUCGCCAACACGCAGCAGCGCAAGAACAAGGACAUUCCCGAAGGUGGUGCAAAGGGUGUGAUCCUUCUUGAUGUCAAUCACCAGGACAAAGCUCGCGUGGCUUUCGAGAAGUACAUUGACAGUAUCUUGGACCUGUUGCUGCCUCCCGUGAGCCCGGGUAUCAAGGACCCAAUCGUGGACUUGCAUGGCAAGGAUGAGAUUCUUUUCAUGGGUCCCGAUGAGAACACAGCCGAGCUGGUCGACUGGGCUACGGAGCAUGCCAGGAACCGGGGUGCCCCUUGGUGGAAGUCGUUCUUCACUGGUAAGAGCCCCAGACUGGGCGGCAUCCCCCACGAUACCUACGGCAUGACAACCCUGUCUGUACGCCAGUAUGUGCUUGGUAUCUACCGCAAGCUGAAGAUCGACCCGAGCACAAUUCGUAAGCUGCAGACUGGUGGGCCCGACGGUGACCUGGGCUCUAAUGAAAUCCUCCUCGCCAACGAGAAGUAUACGGCCAUCGUCGAUGGCUCCGGCGUGAUCGUUGAUCCCCAAGGUCUGGAUCAGGCGGAGCUUGUUCGACUCGCCAAGAAGCGGGCGACCAUUUCUGAAUUCGAGCUGUCGAAGCUUUCGCCCCAGGGCUACCGGGUUCUGGUGGAUGAGAGCAACAUUCAUCUGCCAAGCGGCGAGCUGGUCCACAAUGGUAUGAUCUUCCGCAACCUGUUCCACCUGCGCCGCGAUCAGCAGUACGAUACGUUUGUGCCUUGCGGUGGACGACCGGAGUCCAUUGAUCUCUCCACUGUUGGGAAGCUGAUCCAGAAUGGAAAAGCCACCAUCCCGUAUAUUGUUGAGGGAGCCAACCUCUUCAUCACGCAAGACAGCAAGCUCCGUCUUGAGCGGGCUGGUUGCAUCCUGUUCAAGGAUGCGUCUGCUAACAAAGGAGGCGUGACGUCCUCGUCGUUGGAGGUUCUGGCAUCCCUGUCUUUCAAUGACGAAGAGUUUGUGGAAAACAUGUGCAUCCGCGAGGAUGGCACUGUGCCGACGUUCUACGCAGAAUAUGUCAAGCAAGUGCAGGAGGUCAUCAAGCACAAUGCUACCCUGGAAUUUGAAGCCAUCUGGCGGGAACAUGAGCAAACAGGGCUGCUCCGCAGCGUCCUGAGUGAUCGUCUUAGUGUUGCUAUCACCAAGCUGGACGAGGAGCUUCAGAAGACCGAGCUGUGGGAUAACGUUGAGCUUCGCCGCUCAGUGCUCCAUGAUGCUCUGCCGAAACUCCUUCUGGAAAAGAUUGGUCUCGACACUAUCCUUCAGCGGGUGCCCGAGAACUAUCUGCGAGCCAUCUUUGGCAGCUACCUAGCGAGCCGGUUUGUGUACCAGUAUGGUAGCAGCCCAAGCCAAUUUUCCUUCUUCAACUUCAUGACCAAGCGACUUGCGCAGCUCGAGGCGACUCACGACUCUUAG